UGGCGUCUCACCAAACCAGGAUGGGGCUCUGCCACCGCCUCCUGUAUUGGAAUUUACUAGUCGUGCACUGCGACGUUAUAUGUAGAUUGUUAUAGUAAGAUAUAUCAACGAGAAUGAAAGACGAGGAGAAAACGUCGGAGACUGCUCCGAGUAGCGACAUAGACGGUAAAAAUGGAGCUGGUGUCGAAGAUAACGGGGCUUGCAAAGGAAAUCUGCCGAACCCGGUGGUCCAUGAAGCAGGAGCUCCAGGUCGCGGCGACCGCAUCCGACCGGGAACCCGAGGAGGAACGGAAAUCAGAGUGUUAAAGCGCAACAUGACCGGGAGCCGCGGCUGCGUCACCAGGAAGAACCGCUUCGGCUCGCGGGAGCGGGACUGGCUGAAGGGGGACCCCCAGCGGGGCUGUGUGUGCCUGUACGGGGCCACCGAGCCCCAGCCCCCAGCCAGCGGCCCCCAGGCCCCCUCCUCCACCCCGCAGCCCGACCUCAAGCUGGUCCUGUGCUCCACCAGCACCACCGUGGAGGAGCUGUGCGCCCAGAGAGACUGCCAGCAGGGCCUGUACCUGCAGCUGCAUGGAGACCUGCUCAGGAGGCUGGACCCCUCUGAGCGGCCGCUGCAGAUGGUGUAUGACUACCUGGCAGCCAUGGGCUAUGAGGACCCUUUGCGCAUCCAGCGGGAGGCCGCCAACUCCGACCUCAGCUGCAUGAUUCGCUUCCACAGCGAGCGUCCAGUGAACGUGGACCAGCAGGAGCGGACGCUGCUGAAGGGUGUGUUCAGUGUGCGCAAAGGCAAGACGCAGCUGCACAAGUGGGCGGAGCGGCAGGUCAUCCUGUGCGGCACCUGCCUCAUCGUGGCCUCUGUCAAAGACUCCCUCACCGGCAAGAUGCACAUCCUCCCCCUGGUGGGGGGCAAGGUGGAGGAGGUGAAAAGACGACAGCACUGUCUGAUGUUCAGCUCGGCGGGGCCACAGGCACAGGCCUAUUUUGUGAACUUUGACACGCUGGCAGACUACCAGCGGUGGCAUCGGCAGGCAUCGAAGGUGGUGUCUCAGACCAUUAGCCUGGUUGACCUGUCUUGCUACAGCCUGGAGGAGGUGCCGGAGUACCUGUUCUACAGCCAGGACAUCACACAUCUCAAUCUACGGCACAACUUCAUGAGGCUGGAGGGGCCGGGAGGCCUGCUCAACUUAACUAGAUUUUCCCAGCUCAAGAGCCUCAAUCUCUCGCACAACCGCCUGGGUGUGUUCCCCGAGUCCGUGUGUGAGAUCCUGACCCUGACCGAGCUCAACCUGUCCUGCAACGGCCUCCACACGGUGCCGGAGCGCAUCAGCAACCUCCAGAGCCUGCAGACCCUCUCCCUGGAUGGCAAUCACCUGAGCUCCCUGCCAGAGGAGAUGGGUGGCCUGACACAGCUCUGCAGCCUGAGCCUCUCCUUCAACGACUUCCCCCACGUCCCCGCUGUGCUGGAGAAGCUGACCGCCGUCGACAGGCUGGCCAUGGCCGGCAACAAGGUGGAGACACUGAUGCUCAGCGCCCUGGCCAGGAUGAGCCACCUCAAGAGCAUCGACCUACGGUUGAACGGGCUGCGGUGUGUGAAGAGUGAGACUCUGGAGCCGGUCAAACAGCUCACCCACCUGGAUGUGCGGGACAACCGGCUCAGCGCUCUGGAUCUGAGCUCUGCCUGCAGCCUGGAGAGCCUGCACUGCCAGCGCAACCAGCUGGGGGCGCUCACGCUCAGUGGCUUCAUGCUGCGCACCAUCCACGGCAACAACAACCGCCUGACCACCGUGAGCAUCUACCCAGUGCCCAACCAGCUGACUCACAUGGACCUAUCCUGGAACCUUCUGGAAUACCUGCCGGACUGGGUUUGCGACAGCAGGAAGAUUGAGGUGCUGGACGUCUCCCACAACCUCCUGUCUGAGCUGCCGGCCAGACUGCUCAGUAGCCUGAGCCUUCGGAAACUGCUGGCUGGCAACAAUCGGCUGCAGAGCCUGCCUGACCUACUUGACCACGUCCCCCUGGAAGCACUCGACCUGCAGCACAACAAGCUAGCAGAGCUCCCCGAGAGCUUCUUCUACAAGGCCUUAAAUUUAAAGUAUCUGAAUGUGUCUGCCAACGCCCUGGAGACAAUCCCUCCCAGCAGCCAAUCAGAAGAGAGCCUGAGUACCCUACAGGAGCUCUACCUCACUGGGAACAACCUGAAGGAGAACUGUGGCACUCUGCUGGUGGGCCACCAGAACCUGCGUGUCCUGCACAUCGCCUACAACCAGCUGCUCUCCUUCCCCGCCAGCAAGCUGAGUAAGCUGGAACUGCUAGAGGAGCUCAAUCUGAGUGGUAACAAGCUGAAGAGCAUCCCCUCCACGGUGUCCUCCUGCAAGAGACUGCACACGCUCAUCGCCCACUCCAACCACGUUAGCGUCUUCCCCGAGGUCCUCAACCUGCCCGAGAUCAAGCUGGUCGAUGUGAGUUGUAAUGACCUGACUGAAAUCCUGCUGCCGGAAUCCUUACCGGCCACACUACAAGAACUGGACCUGACCGGCAACAGUAGCCUCAUUCUAGAGCACAAAACACUCAACUUAUUCAGUCACAUCACCACCCUGAAGCUGGAUCAGAAGCCUUCCAUGACUGCAGGGGACACCACAGGCACUUCAACACUGUGGGACCACGGCUAUGCAGAGAUGAGCGGCCAGAGAAACAAGUUGUGUGUAUCGGUGCUGGCUGUUGAUCGCUUUGGAGACAGCGUGGAGGCAGCUUAUGGGAUCUUUGAUGGCGACCGUAAUGAGGAAGUGCCUCGUCUUCUGCAGUGCACCAUGGGAGAUGUGCUGACAGAGGAACUACAGCAUUCUAGCAUGGACAGUGUCUACAUGAGCAACACUUUUCUCACAUCUCACAGGAAGUUGGGGGUGGCUGGACAGAAGCUGGGUGCCUCUGCACUGCUGUGCUACAUCCACCACGAGUCCUCAGAGCCCGGAGGCUACUUCUUCCUGACAGUGGCCAACGUGGGCACCUGCCAGGCUGUCCUGUGCCGGGACGGGCAACCACUGCACCUGUCAAAAGUCUUCAGCCUGGAGCAGAGCACAGAGGAGAUGGAGCGUGUCAAAGCCGCCAAGGCCAUCAUCACAGAGGACAUUAAAGUGAGCGGCGUGACGUGCUGCUCCCGUCUGCUUGGCUGUUCCUACCUGUCUCCGUGGGUGCUACCCAAGCCCUGGGUACGUACAGAGCCCUUGUGCUCGCAGGACGAGUUCCUCAUCCUGGGCAACCGGGCGCUCUUCCAGAAGGUGUCCUACCAGGAGGCGGUGCGCACCGUGCAGGCUGUCCGAGACCCCCGUGCCGCCGCCAAGAAGCUCUGCACGCUGGCGCAGAGCUACGGUUGCCGGGAUAACGUCGGGGCAGUGGUGGUGGCCCUGCACAUCGGGGAGGACAGCUGCACCUGCGAGCCACUGCUGACCACCACCGCCACGCCCGCCCCUGAGGGUAAAGGACCUGUGCCCACCCCGUUGCCAACUCCCAUCCCUAUCUCUGUGCCCCCCAUGGGCGACCCCGCCACCCCGUCCUCCAGCAGUGGCAUCGCCUCAGAGUUCAGCAGCGAGACCUCAGCCUCGGAGGUCGGCAGUGAGGCGGGGUCCACGGCCUCUGACGAGCACCCGUCCAAUCCUGCGGCUCGCCCUGAGCGCCGCUGCAGCCUGCACCCGACCAUGAUCACGAGCGCGACCACGGGCACCGGAGGCCCAGGGGGACCCCCAGGAGUCGGCCCGGGGCCCGGGGGAGCCCAUCCUGCCUUGUUCCAGCGCCAGCCGUCCUGCGCCACGUUCUCCAGUAACCAGUCCGACAACGGGCUGGACAGCGAUGACGAGACCCCACUCGAGGGCGUCAUCUCCAAUGGCAGCAAGUUGGAGGUGGAGGUCGACAUCCACUGCUGUGCCUUCCAAAUCCGCUCCGGGGCCCCCGAGAGCCCCAACGAGAAAGACCACCGGAAUUUCAGCUACCCCAACGGGAAAGUGCGGCGUCAGAACAGUGUGGUGGUUUCGACGACCAAUGGAUGCCUGCUGGCCGUCUGCGGAAGGGAGAUCACCGACCUGAAGAAGUCCCCCUCCACCUCGAGCCUCUUCGGCAAGAAGCUGUCCAAUGGCUCCGUUGUGGUCCCCGAGGACAGCCACAAUCUCAUUGAGGUCGCCUUAGAGGCUCCCAAGAAGAAGUCUGGUUACUUUGCCGCUCCUGCGCAACAGGACCCAGAAGACCAGCUUGUGGUGCCUCCUAGUCUGGAGCAGGAUGUGCGGGAGCAGCUGAGGAUCCAGAGCCAGGUUGUCCCAGGGCCUCCGCCUCCCUCCACUCCCCCCUCUGCCAGAGACCCAGACUGGGAUCACCCUCAGACGACAGUCUCCGGUCUCCCCGUCACCAGUCUCCAGCAGGAGGUCUACGACACAGCCCUGUGACAGCUGUGGUGCAGGGGCAUCUCUCUGAGGUAGUGCCAUGCCAAGAGGAAAAGACGAGGCCCUCUAUGGUACCUGUGGGAUAUUCCAGUUCCUGUAUCCAUUCAGCCCUGUCAUUGUGUGUGGAGUCCCAAGUGCACCAACCCGAUAGCGUGCCAUCUGCCCAGAGUGCUAGAUGGUAGUCUAUCCGUGGAGCCUGGCAGGUGGAUAGGUCUCAUGGACUGGUCAGGCAAGGAGUAUCAGGACCAAUGAAACGAGGUCUUGAAGCAAGGUUCAUCCCCUCCGCCUGAGCUGGAAUACCUCAUAUGUAGAACAGUGUUGAUCUCAUAUGCUAGCUUAGCCCUUUAUUAUCAAGGUCACGCUCAAGGCAGGCUUUUUGAUCUCUAGCCUUAUCAUCCUAGAAAGCCUCCCCAUGAGAAAGUUUCAAGGGCCAUCCUAUGACCAAAAGGUGAAAAAAGUGCCUACUGUAAAUUACCUGGUUCUGGGGGACUACUUUGGCUCUCGGUCAGUAAUGACAUCCAUUGGAGGAAUUCACUGGACCACCAUCACAGCUUCUUUUCUUCUCUCUUUUCACUCUCUCUCUCUCUCUCUCUCUCUGUCCAAACCUGACUCAUCCUACUGCACAGUGGACGGCCUUGAACAUGGCGCGUCCUGCCAAAAUGUCUGCUGCAGUUGACACCCGAAGAAGAAAGGCAGUUCUGAAAGGAGGGCUACCUGCUUGUGGAUUUCUUUCCAAAAGAGAUGGAAAACCACUUUUCAGUGGAUGUUUGUCAGACAUUAUUUAUCAUCUCCAGACUGUAGACAGAGCCUUCAGACAAAAUAUGGCCAGGCCUUUUCCCUGGUGUCCAUUGCGGAGCUGUUUUCUGUCACACAGGGGGAGAGUCUCUCACAAAGAGUGCAUCACCUUCAAGCUGGGCUGGGUGAAGGGAAAAAUACUACAACUCCCAAGUAUCUCGACAGAGUAGGAAGAGGGGAAGUGAGAAGACAGAGUGCAGGGUGUGCUUCACUCACACUCCCACAAUGUGAAAUAACACAGUGGUGUAAUUGAACAUGCAGAUCAGUCAAGCCAGUCAAGGCAUUGUGAAGAUGAAUAAUUGAAAUGACCUUCGCUGCUCAGAGAUAACUUUUCAACUUGAGUACUUGAAGUUACAAGUGUGUCAUUUGCUGAAGAGCGAAAGAGUAAUGCCAACAAAAAUGGGCUGUAACACUUCACUCCAUUUAGACUCAACUUUAGUCAAACUCUCUGAUGAACCAGUGUAUUACUGUUCUGAGGACUAAACCCGGAUAUUUCCUCCUCUCUGUAAAUGAAAUUGUCCAAUACGAGAAUACAAUAAUUAGCCUUGUGUAUAAACUGAGGCAAAGUGGUUUUUGAUACGCCAGUGUAAGAAAAGAAGUGACACAUAGUGUAAUGUAUACUGUAAUGUCCUAUGUCUGUGACCGUGCCUGAGUGUGUGUGUGGAUCCUCUGCCAUGACCAUCCAUUUUCAGAAUAGCCCUACAUGUAUCUCCUUUGACAGAUACUAUAAUGUGUCUGUCUGGCACUCCGCUUCUCAGCUGAAAAGACUGAGAUUUGGAACGGUAGGUGAGCGCUGGUGUGCUGGGCUGCAGUGGAUAUCUCUUAUGGUUUUGUUUUUUUUUUUCUCCCCCAUGCGCUCUCACUGACAAAAGAGCAGAUUUCAGACUUGGCUGCACCAUUGCUUUGACAAGGUGAAACGCCUCAUUUUAGCUUUGGGUUGAGGGGCCAUCUGGUGGUGAGACGUGAGAAGGCUAGCUUGUGCUCUCCCUUCCACCACUAGUCAUGUCUGUCACUGUUCCGCCUCCACUUUGCUUCCUCUUCGGUUAGUCAGACAUGCAUUUUAAUUCCCAUCCAAAAUGGAACAUCUCCGUUUACGUUGUCCUGGUUUGGAGGGUAGUCUACAGGACCCUCAUCUGUCAUGUACAGAAAACCUAUAUCAGGUUCUCUUGAGGCCAAACCAGAGCGAACAGAUGCGCAUGGAUAAGUGUGUUAUCAGAAUAUGUGUUUUUUUCUGAAGGUUUGGAAUGAAAGCUAUCUUAUUAGCUCGACCUACGAGUCUUGGAAGUAUGGAGCUAAUGAGGCUUUUUUUUUGUUGGUUAAUGCAUAGAAUUGCAUUUCGUAGAAAUAUGAUAUUCAAUAGUAAUAAUGUAAUUUAAUUAUAGAUAUUCAUAUAACAAAUGUCAAGAAAUUAUAUGGACAAAAUAGAAAUGUAUUUAUUUAUUGUACUUUAUAGGAAUGCAACAAAUUGAUUUAUAUAUGCAGCAAUUGGAUUAUUCGUGUUUGCCGAAUUAAUUAUUAUUUUUAAUUUUUUUCCGGAAGCAUCUAUUUAAAAAAAAUAUUGGCUGUAUUUACAGGCUUUUGUAGCGAGAACACUGAAGCUCCUAGUUCUGUAUGUCUCCCUGGUCAAGUAUAAGAAAGGAUACCUAUCAAAGGUCAAAAUCCCUGUGCACAGCUCUUCUUGCUCCAGGUGCUGAUGGUGUGCAGUAUAACUAUUGAAAAGUCAAACAGUACUAUACAUCGCACACUGGAGGGUAUAUUUUGCUGACUUUAUGUGGCAUGAACAACGCGUUUCGGAAGUUGCUUCAUCAGGUUCACGUUAAGGAAGGAUACCUUAUACCCCUCAUAUACAAUUCCCUUUUAAAGGAGUGAGAGCUUUUGUGCCAUUUAAACAAAAGAUGAUGGAUUUAAUGGUGGUUUUAUGUUUGAUUUCACAGCAUUGUGAAGCUGCGUGGGUGGGAGUUCCUCGCCAAGUACUGUAAUGUGACUCUGCUGUAUCAGUGUCUGGUCUGGGAUGGCCUGAUAGACAUGCUAGCGUUCAGCAAUUAUCCCAAAUUUUUUAGGUAUAGAGCAGAGGCUAUAAAUGAAAUUGGUGUUGGUCAGCAACUGUUUGUCAUUCAAAAUGUGCCAAAAUAUUUCAAUACAUCAAAACAUUCACAUGGAAACCCAAUCCUACCACUUAGACUGUUUAUUUUACUGGAAAUCUUUAUUGGGGAAUGGGGACAUGGGUUGCAUAGCUCAGACACAAGUCUGUGUCUGUAUUGUGGAGUCUUUACAAUGGAGGUGUAGUAGCGUGUGACCCUAAAGGCCCCUGUCCCAGGGAUGGGUAUUGUAGUAUUGGGUAGUGUGUGUGUGCGUGCGUGCGUGCGUGCGUGUGUGUGUGUGCUUGCAUGCAUGCGUCUGUGUUUCUGUCUGUGUGUUUGGAGGAAGUAUUUGAAGGCAUUUAUGAAAGGCACUGAGAGCGUGAGCCAGUGGCUGUUGUAGCUUGUAGUUGGAUAGGGAUAAGAGCUCCCCUAAGCUCUCCUUUACUGCUAAUGAGGAUCCAAGUGUUUCAUCUCAUUGUGUUCUCCAUUAGUGAAUUAUUUUACUCUCUGCCUGAUUUGGUUGAGGCCAAAAAUAUUAAGCACAGUUGAAAAGUCAGUAUUCAUUUAUGGUGAGAGGACCUAUGUGUUUGACCACAACUGUGUCAGAGAAUUUCCUGAAAAAGAUUAUUAAUCUGCAUAUGUUUGAAAUGCAUAGCUUCCCUUUAAAAUAGUUUGUCUUAUUUUUGACUCUUAGCUUCAGUAGUCAAUUACCCAUCAAAAUAAUCUUAUGGACCUCUUGAACAUAUAGACAGUUCAUAUCAUAAGAGUAGAGAGACUGUUUUUUUUCAUUACACAUUACAACAACUACAUUUGCAUAAAUAUUUAUGUUACUUGGAUCACUAAUUAGUUUCGGUAUGUGUAUGGAGUCAUUUGUUUGAAAGAAUCUUACACUGUCAAAGCACUUUGUAUAUAGUUAAACAAAAUCUAUAUAGAUAUUAAUAUAUUUGAGUAUGAUCUCACAUAUUAGCUAUGUGUUAAAUGCACAGGAAACUCAUAGGUUUUGAGUUGUUGUGAUUGUUGUGGCCUGUCUUGGUCAAACUCAUUCAUUCUUCUCUAAGAGAAAGUAGAUUACUGAAGAAUAUACAGUAUUUAUUAGGCAAAGGUGGCGAAUGAGACACCCAUGUGAUUCAAGUUUGUCUUUCACACAUGUGUCUCUCUAAAUUCGGGGGUUCAUUUCACAUAGCCCAAUUGGGAGGCUGGGUGAUUUUGACAGCAAUGUGCCAGAACACUGACAGAUACCACUUAUGAGUCUGAGAGCCAGAAUGCCAGGAAGUAAACUUGGGGCUUUGGUAAUAAAAUAAUCUCACCUCACCGACCUGGAGACCCCAUACUCAGACACACGCCAAACACUACAGGCGCACACUCUGGUCCUCUAAAUCCACACACAGUCCGCCAUGUUGGCACUCAAGAGGAAGACCAGUUUGCCAAAACAGACAGAACCUGAGAGCAGGGGUCUAAUGUCAUAAUGACAGAGGAGCAUCUGGCUUUUCUCCUUCAUGCAGGCGCAGUGGUGAAUGGACAUGAAUUGUGCUCAUUUCUUUGCCUAGUGGGCACGAGGAGAAUAUUCACAAGUGUGAGAUGCACAACUAUUCUAAAGGCAUGAGGACGAUCAACAUUGCUCCUUAACUUGAUAUAUGCAACAUACUCAAGGCUUCAAUGCGUGCUUGUGUGUACUGUAUAUAUGGAAGAGGCUAGCCUUUGAGUGGCCUGCAAACAGGAGGGUUUUUUUCUGCAUUCAUUGAAAAUGAAGAGAAACUGAGCACUCCCUAACUGUCAGUCUGUGUGUGUGUGCGUGUGUGUGAAUGUGUGAGCUGUGAACUAUGUUCUGUCGUUGUCCACCUUCUGUUCACUCUCAUUGAAAAGUGUUCCUUUGUUUCAUAGCAUAGUCGCUCUUGGUGCGUGAGCUGCUUGCCUCUGUGUUUGGCUCUAGAUUGCCAGUUAAGCCAAGAGUUGUUUAUGCCAGUGCUUCAGGUCCACUUUAUGUCUGUGUGCUGUUGUACUGUAUGUGCUCUUGCAGCCAAAUAUUCAUCAUGUUGUGUUACUCAGAACAGUGCACGUGCAGAGCUAUGGCCACAUACUGGAUGAUGGGCAGCUUUAUGUUUACAGACACACUCUUUCUUUACCAUGAACUGAACCAAAAUGUUUACUCAUGCAAGAGCUUCAUGAAUAUUAGGAGUGGUGGUGUUCAAGGGAAGUACAUUUAUGGAGAGUACAAAUGUCAUUGUGGGUGACACACAGGGUACUGUUAAUAUGAAUCAAUAAUCAAGUGGCGGAGUAUUCCCUUUAAUUUAGAAAACUACUGAACAAGAACUAAGUACCAUACAAUAUGAUAUUAAAGUGGAAGAUUUUAAUGUAAAAUGUUUGUGUCUGUGUGAUUGUUGGGUUUUCAAUUGGUGGUGGCACGUGUGCCAGUUGUUUUUCAUUAAGAUGAUACAACAUUUUAUUUACCCGCACCUACAUUUCUUAUGAAGUCCAUUAUGUUUGUGUUUUUGCCAUGCAGAGGAAGUUAAUUUGUCUUCUGCCACAAAGGGAUCAAAUGAACUGACUGUGUGUGAGUGUACUCAUAUGUACUGAUGUACUUAGUUAUGUGUACCAUUUGUCCGUGUGUGUCUGGGUUUUGGUUUUGAAUGACAUUUGUACUCAUAUGUACUGAUGUACUUAGUUAUGUGUACCAUUUGUCCGUGUGUGUCUGGGUUUUGGUUUUGAAUGACAUUAACUGAAAAGUUAUGUCUGUGGCAAAAAAUUGUUCCAUCGUCAUAUGUCAUAUAUGCUGUAUAGCUGUAUGACUUAUUUGCAUAUGUUUAUGGUUAACUCUUGAUAAGACCAUAAUAGGAGAUGUUCCAAUUGCUUUCCAUGUGACCAAAGUUUGAUCUCACUGUCAUUUCUGUAUAUUCUUUUUUUUCUAGAGAUUCUUGAAUAUUUUCUCUCAAUGCCAAGAAGCUGAGGUUUAUUUUUGUACUUCAUUGUUUCAUGCAAAUUUAUAGGUCCUCCAGUACAAAAUAUAGAAAUGUUGGGAUUCUGUGGUGUAUCGUCACCCAUCAAGAUACUAUCUUUUGUUUAAGAUACUAAUUAUCAAUGUAUUUAAUGUCUGAAGCAUGCCCAAUAUAAAUGAAUACACAAUAUAAAAUAUAUAUGAAAAUGUGAUUACUUUGUACAGAUAAUAACAUUUAUGUUUAUAAGGCAUUGUUUUGGAACAUAUGAUAUUUUUAUGUUUAUAUUUUAGCAUGCAGAAAACUGCGGAAUUCAUUUCAGUUCUGUUAAAUUUUGAUGCGAUUAGGUUUAGGAAAUAAUUUGUUCUAUGAUUUAGGAAAAGAGAAGCACUUUUGCUGUUUGUCUGCUCAAAUCAUCAUUUUGAGAGUGGGUGAUGGUCAUGUGUUUCUUUUUGGGAGAUGCUGCUAUGAAUAGGUUUGAGCAGAAAAGCUGUAUUUUUAAUUAACUUUUCAGCCAAGUAGCAAUAAAAAUUUAUACU